AGCUGCUGUGUGAGGGGGGGACAGUGAGGAACAGGCUGGGAAUUGUCUCCUGGUGCUGCCUGUAACUCCCUGCAACUCCCUUCUCCUGUGUCCCUGACAUUCCCAUCCCCUGUACUCACAUCUCCAGCCUCAUCUACUGGAGAUUGUAAUGAGAGAAUGAAGCAUCUGACUCAAGUAAAACCUGAAACAGACUCUGAUUCUGACUCUGAUUUCCCAGAGGCAGAACCAGAAAUAUUACUGAUAAAGAUAAAAGAAGAAGAAUCAGACUCUGAAGAUGAUCAGAACCCAGUGGAAAACUCAGCAGCUGAUGGGGGUGCCUUAGAGAUUGAGCUGAAAGUAAAAUCAAAGAAUGAAGAGUUGGACACCGAGGAACAUGGGGCUCAAGCAAAGAGGGAAAAGGAGACAGAACCUGGGGCCGAGAGGUUCCUUUGUGAUAAAAGAAAGCGGCACCCCAAAAUUGCCAGACCCUGGCAAAGACAAUCAAGCUCCCCAGUACCCGGUGCCAGUGAUUCCUCUGAUAUUUUAGAUGCAGCUGAGGAGGGUGCUGGGGUAUUGCUGGGUCCAACCCAGAGCAAAGUACUGACUGACUCACGAUAUGAGGACUGCUCAGCAGAGUCCGAUGCAUCUGAUUACACCUGUGAAAAAUGUGGCAAAAGCUUCUCUCUUAAUAGUGAUCUCCUCACACACCACUGCAGCCAGUCUCACAGUCAAGAGUUCACCAAGAGACCCAUGAGAAAGAACACAAAAAAGAAACCUUUCUUCUGCGCAGAAUGUAACCGGCACUACUGCAGCAAACCCAGCUUCCAGAGGCAUCAGUUGGUCCACACCGGGGAGAAACCAUUCGAAUGCACAGACUGUGGCAAAUGCUUCUCUGAUAAAAGCAACCUCCGCUGCCACCAGAGGAUUCAUACCCGGGAGAAGCCAUUUACAUGUACGGAAUGCGGGAAAGGAUUCUCUGAUAAGAGCAACCUGCGGAGUCACCAGAGAACACACACGAGGGAGAAACCGUUCACCUGCACAGAAUGCGGCAAAAGCUUCUCCCAGAAAAUUGGCCUUCACAAUCACCUGAAAUGUCACACGGGAGAGAAGCCCUUCAUGUGUACGGAAUGUGGGAAAAGCUUCUCUAAUAAGAGCAACCUUAACACCCACAGGAAAAUCCACACCGGGGAGAGGCCCUACAUCUGUACAGAAUGCGGCAAAACGUUCCCCCGGAAGAAAAAUCUCCAGAGUCACCAGACGGUUCACACACAAGAGAAACCAUUCACCUGCUCAGAGUGUGGGAAAUGCUUCUCUCAAAAGAAAAACCUUCACACUCACCAGAAGAUCCACACGGGGGAGAAACCAUUCAAGUGCAACGAGUGUGGCCAGGCCUUCCUCCGCAAGCGCAACCUUCUGUCGCAUGAAAGGAUUCACAUAAUAGAGAAACCAUAUAUAUGCGGCGAAUGUGGACAAAGCUUCUUCCUGAGCAGUGAAAACCCAACGCACCUUUGCACCCAAACUAUAGACAAUAACACUUCCAAUGGACAUCGUGGUGGAAACAGCGAGCGCAGCUCAAUGAAAUCCGAUUUCCAGCUGGACAUUACCGCAUGGAAACCAUUCAAGUGCUCGGAAUGCGGGAAAUGCUUUUCUCAGAAGUGCAACCUUCAAAGCCACCAGAAAAUUCACACGGGAGAAAAACCUUUCCCGUGUUCGGAAUGUGGGAAGAGCUUCUCCAGGAAGGUCAACCUCAAAAUCCACCAGAAAAUCCACACUGGGGAGAAACCCUUCACCUGCGCAGAGUGCGGCAAAUCCUUUGCGCUGAGGUUAACGCUGAACAAUCACAUGACCAUCCACACAGGGGAGAAGCCAUUCUCGUGUUCAGAAUGCGGAAAGAGUUUUAGUAUAAAAAACCGACUCCGCAUCCACCAAAAAGUGCACACAGGGGAGAGACCAUUUGAAUGCACGGAGUGCGGGAAGCUGUUCUCUCGCAAGUUCAACCUCCUGACGCAUGUUAGGAUGCACAUGCGCAAAAACACGUUACAUGCGCAGGAGGAGGGGAAUGGCGCUGUGUAAAUAACUGUUUCUCACAUGCUGAUGUCCAUAGAGACAACAUGAGAUAUUGAACACUUAGGGGGUUAUUUAUUAAAGUCCGAUGCCAAAAACAAUGAGAUUAUAAAAUAUAAUUUUUUGGUGAAAAAAAACUCACGUUUUUUGGGAUUUAUUAUACCCCAAGGAUGG